UUACUUCGUUGGCGUGGUGACGAGCUGCUGUUGAUUUCGAUCGCCUGCAUAUUUCGCGUUGUUUCUGAGGUAAACACAUGUCAUGUCGAUGCCGCAGCCAGCACUUGAGGAUUGCAACUUGGUUUCAUUGUGAAGUUUUGGAGUUUUGAGGAAAAACCUACAUUUUCUCAAGAGUGUUUUGGUUCCUUCUGUGGGAUCAAGAUGACAAGACAAUGUAUUUGCCAGAUCUGCACUUGUGGGCGUCAUCGAUGUCCCCACAAGCCACACAACCCAGUCAGCAAGGGACCAUGUGUCCUAUCGGAGUACACAAACAAGUACAAGUCGUAUCCGGGCAACCUAAUGAGAGACAGCUUCAAACCCAAAGAGCAGAUGAUCCAAGGGACUGGAACGAUGGCCGACGCUACAACCCAUAGAGUUGACUUUGUUCCGCGUGAAUCAGUGCGUCCCCCCAUCCAUCAGCAAGAACCUUACCGCAAACCUAGCGGUGGGAUUGAUCUGCUGACCUCUUACACUAAGGACUACCCUGGACGUAAAGCCGAAGCGGUCAAGAGCUUCCGUGGUGACCACACCAGGCACGUACCGUCGGGAGAAUUCAGGGGGAAUCCUACCUAUGCUGAUGACUUUCGUAAGUGGGAUCUACCAGCCAAAGACCAAGGUAAGGGGUACCACACCUAUGUUCCUCCGUCUGCCUCCUUUGAUGGCCUGUCAACAUUCGCCAGGGAUUUUCAACCCAAGAAGGUUGAUGUCCGCCAGAGCCUGCGACCCGCAGAAAAUACCCAGCGAUCCGAUGCACCAUUUGAAGAUAGGACAAGCCACAAGGUCUCCUACAUCCCCCACGCCGUACAAGCAAGGUAUGUUCGCGAACAGCAACCAUAUCAAAAGAGUCAGCACAAGUUUGACGGUCUGACGACGUUCCAGCGGGACUUCAUGAAUAAGAAUGCCGCACGGCCGGACAACUUCAAGCCAGACGCCACCCCAAUGAAGUCAGACCUACCCUUUGAAGACAACACUACCUUCAAAUCUGAUUACAAGAAGUGGGAUUGUAAGCCGAUGCAGUCUCACGUACCAGAUUCCUACCAGAAACCGGCCGGUGAUAUGGAUCUGUACACAACCAACAGGCUUGCGUACCAACCCCACCAGAUCAGGCCCGCUUCAGCGCGCCGUCCAGUCUCACAAGGUCGCAAAAGCGACGCCCCCUUCGACGAUCGAACCAACUACACCUCAGAUUUCCGUAAAUGGGAGAGUAUGCCUGAGCGACGUGGCGACCCAUCCCAGCGACCGUACGAGAAGCCUGAAAUCCCAUUCGCAGGCACAACCAAUUACAGGGCGCAGUACAUACCGAAGCAUGCAGCUCCAGCCAAGAGUAUGGGUCCUGAUCGCACAGCGCGCCAGAGCAGCGAUCCAUUCGAUGAUCGCACAUUCUAUAAAUUGGACUUCACCGCAAAGGAAGCUGUGCCGUGCCCUGCAGUCAAUCUACCUGCCAGUGGGUUUAACUUCACUCAGCUAGACCAACGAGGACACGAGUUAUGGGUCAAGAAUGCCUGGUCAGGGGAAACAGAGCGAGUUAUAAAAACACCACAGCAACAGAUAAGUAUAGAGCAGGCGACAUAUGCUUGAGUCUGCUGUAAAAACAACCUUUGUUUGAGGUAACAGUAUGAACAGGGCCCAAUUUCAUGUUACUGCUUACCACUGAAUUCUGCACUAAUGGUCCAUCAAAUCCACACUUUCAAUAGGAGACUUUCCAACGCUAGGUGGCAGCAGACA